ACACGCAUCACAUUCGAGCUGAACUGGAGGGAUUUCUGAGUGUCCAGUGUGUUGAGCUAGCGUUAGCAGAGCAAAGAUAACUUAUCUAACUAAGUUACAACCUGCUCCUCUUUACAAACAAGUCAGCUCUGAGUGCACUGUAACACCAGUGACUCUCACAAUGGAUUUAGAAGAUGACACCACUGUGUUAACAACCUUGAAGUCCUUCAAUUCCUUCAUCAGCCACACUGAACGUCCACAACGGCUGUCAGAGCACUCUGCAGGGAGUGGAAACCUGCAGAGUCAGUACAAACGCAGCAUGGAGUUGCUGGAAGCUGCAGAGAGGGUUCACUCUAAGAAUUGCUACCUUCAGUUGGACCAGGAGAAGAAGCAGAUGGAGCUGAGUCACAAGAGAGCUCGAUUUGAACUAGAGAAGGUUGCUUCUGACAACGCACGAGACUUGGAGCAUGCGGUUGACCGGAACCAGGACCUCUUGGGGCGAAUAAAAAAGUUGGAGGAGAGAGAGACUGAGGCAGCUAAGAACCUAUCAGAGCAAGUGGAUGUAAAUCAUUCUCUCCGUAAGAACUUGGAGGCCAUGAACAAGAAACUGGAGGAGCGAGAUACUAGACUUGACACUGCUAACCAGACUAUCAGUUCUUUGAAGGACGAGAUCAGAGAACUAAAGCAGAGCAUUCAAAACCAAGACUCAACAAUUUCUACUCAAACCCUAGAAAACCAGGAACUACAGGAACAGUUAGAUUUACAACGCAGGAAGAAUCAGGAAGCCUCUCAGCUUUGCCAAAGUCUCCAAGCUGCUCAGUCUUCCUGCUCAGAGCACAUCAUCAAGAUUAAGGAGUUGGAGAGGCGUCUUGCCCUCCAGGAGCAAGACAUUGCCAUUGUGAAGACUGUUAAGUCAGAGGUGGCCAGGGUUCCGGACCUGGAAAAGGAGAUGAAGUGCCUCAGAGAUGAUAAUGCCUUUCUCAGGGAGAGCAGAGAGAAUUGCAGCCUGUUGAAAGAGGAGGUGGAGGGUCUGAGGAGGAAGCUGGAGAGGAUGCAGAAAACCAAAGAAGAUCUGGUUAAUAUGGAACUGGAGAAGGAGAGGUUUGCAGAAAAGCUACAAGCAUGGGAAAACCUGGGGCAAUCUACUGGACUCAACAUAAGGAAACCAGAGGAUCUGUCCAGGGAGGUGAUUCAGAUCCAGCAGAGAGAAAUUGCUCUGAAAGAGCAGAACUACACACUCAACAGCCGUUUAAGGAGUGUGGAGCGUUCAAUGGCCGAGCUCCGUGCGGAGAUGUCUCAGCAGCGCAGCAAGACCCUGGAGGAGCAGAAGAAGAGGGAGACACAGGACUCUCUUGUCCGUCGACUUCAGAAGAGAGUACUGUUAUUAACCAAGGAACGUGAUGGAAUGCGUGCCAUUCUAGAGUCCUAUGAUAGCGAGCUGGCGCCCACUGAGUACUCUCCUCAACUCAGCAAACGACUCAGGGAGGCAGAGGACGUGCUGCAGAAGACACAGAACCAUAAUGUAGAGAUAGAGGCUCAGCUAACCAAAGCACAGGAAGAGACCGGGACUCUGAAACUGCAGCUGCAAACAGUGGAGCUGGAGUUGGAGUCUCUGAAGAAGCAGCAGGCCUCUGCUACUGACAGCGAUUCUGUACUAAGCAAAGAAGAGGUCAGCAUACUCAGACAGAAAAUUGAAGAUUUAGAGGCAGAGCGGCAGCGUCUGGAGGAGCAGAACAACAUUCUGGAGAUGAGACUGGAGAGACACAACCUACAGGGCGACUAUGAUCCAGUCAAAACCCGAGUUCUCCACUUCAAAUUGAACCCUACCACUGUUGCCAAGCAACAGCGCCAGCAGGAAGUUGAGUCUCUUCGGGAGGAAGUGACGCGUCUCAGGGAACUCGUGCGCUCGUUGCAGGAUGGAGGUGCUCUGGUCCAUUCUCAAGACGUCUCCAGUAUGCACACCUCCAGCCUCGGCCUCAGCUUACCACCAUCGAAGGAGGUGCUGGAUUUACGUAAGCAGAUGGAGAGCUCAGAGCUCAGGAACCAGAGACUGAAGGAGGUGUUUCAGAAGAAAAUUCAAGAGUUCCGCACAGUCUGCUAUGUCCUGACCGGCUAUCAGAUAGAUAUCACCACUGAGAACCAGUACAGGCUCACCUCAGUCUAUGCAGAGCACAUGGACGACUCCCUGCUCUUCAAAAAGGAGAAGAUAGAAUCUCAGGGCCAGCUCAUUAAAACACACUCCCAAUUAACUGUCAAUGCUCUCACCAGAGAGAUGGAGGGAAAGAAAAUAAUGUAUGGAGGAAUGGUGGAAGGUAGGUGAUGCGUAGACAGAAAGAAUGAAAUAGCGCCUUUUGAAAAAGCUAAAUAAUUUGAAUCUGUGAGAGUGGCAGACGGAAGAGGACAGUUAAUAAAGUAGAGUUUAUGAACACUGUCUCGUCUUAAUGACCUGUCUCUGUUUUAUAAGCCACUCGGGAAUGAUUAACGCCCACAAAUGUGUGUUUGCCUGUGUGUGUGUGUGUAAGACCUCUGUAAGAUCUUAAUUCAAAAUAACUUUGAAGCACAGCUAAACUGUCAGGGUUGCUGCUGGCUACAGGACUCAAGCAUGGGAGCAGUCAGGAGCUGGUGAAGUGGGGCCAAAAACGUUUCUGAUUCAAGUCAUUCUAUUUUUCUGACUCAGUGCCUGUUAUCUUUGCCUCUCUCUUUCUGACCAAUCAGAGUUGAUGACACUGGAGUGUUAGAUUGUUAUUUGUGGCAGCUACUUUAAAUAAGGACCCAAAAGGUGUUGUAAUUUUUCUUUUAUAACCAUUUUUUAUUGAUUAGACAGUAAAGUGGAAUGAGCAAGCUCAUUUUAAAGCAAGUAGUUAAAAAGUACCAAUACUGCUGAUUUUAAAAGGACAGUUAUGCCAAUAUUUUUCUUUUCCUAUCUCUUGUAACUCUCAAAAUAAUUCAUUCACAAAACAACUGUACUGCCUGUAACACAAGUUUGUAUCAAAACUAUUCUACUAUACUAUACUACUUCUGUGUAACAGGUACAAUAACAGUUCUUACGGGUAAGCAAAUGAGCAUUUUUUCUAAACCAGAUAAUUACACCCUAAACAUGCUGGCAAACAUACAAGAAGAGUCUUAACUUGAUGAUCAAAUGAUGCCAGACAGAAAGCAUUUUCGGAUGUUGUGAUGUGAUAACAUAUUACACUGGUUUAUGAUACAAUGUAUUUGCACAUUGAUUAUGCAGUCAUUCACAGUAACCUUUUUAAAGAGUUAGUUUAAUACAAGGCACUAUUUUAGCAUUUAUAAUUCAAAAUUUAAAGUUAUGAUUCAAUUUAAAAAUCUAAUUGAAUCAUAACUUUAAAAUUAAACUUUAAAGAUAUGAAACCUUCUAUGUACUUGGACUGACAAAUAUUCAACUAAAGCCCCUUCAUUAAGAGAACUAUUGGCUUGCAUUGGAUGAAUGAGGAAAUGUACAGUACUACAUCAGUGAAUGCCCUCCUCAAUUUUCUUUUGAUAUGUCCAGCGUAUUGCUGACUUUGUUUACCAUAUUUAUGUAUUCAGGUUUCUUCCAUGAAUACUGUUCCAACUUUACUCAUUCUGAGAAGAAAAUUCAACUCUUGCUGUGGCACUGUGGUACACCUAUUUUUAGCUGAAUCUGAUCAAACAAGGUCAUGAUGCAGACUAAAGACCAAUUCUGUUAUAAAAGAUAUUCUGUCAAGAUAUUAGUUGUGAGAUUGUGGGUGAAUGUUUGUGUGUACUGUAAGUGUAUCUCAAGUCUUUCCUUGAACAAAAUGGGUCUUGUAUAAUUACCGAAAUUACACUAAGAUCCAUUAUGUCUUGUAUUCCUAUCAUACGUUGGUUGCAGUCUUCGAAAAUUUCUUUGUGUGCGUGGACAUGCGUGAGCUCUUGUUCUUGUAUAUAAUACAGAACUGAGGGCAAUAAAACGAAUAUAAAACUAAAAAGGAUAAAUGUGGGGGUGUUUGGGAAAAGAAAGAAGGCUUGCUGGGACUGAAUUUCACUUUGUUCACUGACUGAAACAAAACACUCACUGAUGUAUCGCUGAUAGCUAUGAAGAUAAACAUGAGCAAAGCACUAAUAAACAGUAAACACAAAGGCUGAUGGGAAUACAAGAGUGAAUAAAUUAACCGUGUUUUCAGUGGGUAUGACUUUAUGUACUUAAACCUUCAGAGAGAAAUCUUGGAGUUAAAAUCCCAGAGAAGGAAGAGAAUGUUGACUCUGAUUUCUCCUGACAGUUUCCUGUCCUGCUUGCCCUCAGGGUGUAUGUGAAUAUAUGCGGUUGUGUGUCUGUGCACGCACAUUUGUGUGCGUGCGCUUGUCGGCGUCACUUGCUCCUCUGGUCGGUGUUCGGAACAUAUGUCUGCUGUCUCCAUGGUAACCUGAUACAUCAGAACCCAACACGCAAGUCCACAAGUCAACCUGAGGUCAUGAAUAUUCCUGAGCGGGAGAUGUUCUCUCCAGCUCGGUACAGACUCACUGCGGUUCACACAUGUUGAUUUCAUAACUCUGUGUUUAUCACUUAACCCAGUCAGUCACAUGGUUUUAUCGGCACAUUUAGAUUUUAGGGGAAAACAAGAUGUCUUUUUGAUCACUUUGACUGUCAUUUAUCAAGAUCUGCUCAUGCUUGCACAUGAUGUCACGAACUUGGUUGGGUUGUGCACUGAGGAGUUUAAAGGGGAGCUCACCACAUCAAAGUCUGUUUACAGGUUUUGAGGAGUACUACUGCAUAUGUGGGAAAAGUUGCAUAAAGUCUUUAAUGGCUCCAUAGGGAGAUGUGUGAAGUAUGAUGAAUUGGCGCAAGUAAUGCCACUUGAGGCUAAAAACUACAAGUUUGAAAAUGAAAAAAAAAAUCUGUCAGUGAGUCAAAAAGAAGUGAGUUUACUAGACCACUGUAGCCCGCUCCUCAUCUCUGCUUGAGGCUUGUGGAUCAAGGCUACAUUAGCCGCUACUAGCAUAGAUCAAUUAUAUUUUUUCUUCUCUUUCCCCUUCGUAAGUACAGAUAAGAUACACCGAUCAGCCAUAACAUUAUCGCCACUGACAGGUGAAGUGAAUAACACUGAUUAUCUCAUUACUCUGGCACCUGUCAUUGGGUGGGAUAUAUUAGGCAGCAAGUAAACAUUGUGUCCUCAAAGUUGAUGUGUUAGAAGCAGAAAAGCGCAACGCAAGGCAAGCAUAAGGACUUGAGCAACUUUGACAAGGGCCACAUUUUUAUGGCUAGACUACUGGUUCAGAGCAUCUCCAAAACCGAUGCUCUUGUGCCGUGUUCCUGGUCUGCAGUGGUCAGUACUUAUCGAUAGUAGGCCAAGGGAAGAAGUUUGUUGUAUAUAGGGCAGACACAGACCAGCUCACUCCUGUCCACUGCUGAAUGUGCCUACAAUGGGCAUGUGAGCCUCAGAACUGGACCACAGAGCAAUGGAAAAAGGUUGGCCUGGUCUGAUGAAUCACGUUUCCUUUCGCAUCCCGUGGCUGGCCGGGUACGUGCUUGUCGCUUACUUGGGGAACACAUGGCACCAAGAUGCGCUAUGGGACUAAGUCAAGCCGGCGGUGUUGAUUCUUUGGGAAAUGUUCUGCUGGGAAACCUUUGGUCCUGCCAUUCAUGUAUAUGUACCACCUACCUAAGCAUUGAUGCAGACCAUGUGCACCCUUGCAUGGAAACAGUAUUCCCUGGCAGUAGCCUCUUUCAGCAAGAUAAUGCACCCUGCCACAAAACCAAAAAUCGAUCAGGAAUGGUUGGAGGAACUCAACGAGUUCAAGGUUGACUUGACCUCCAAAUUCCCCAGAUCUCAAUCCAAUCGAACAUCUGUGGGAUGUGCUGGACAAACAAGUCUGAUCCAUGGGGGCCCCACCUCGCAUUUUACACAGGGCUUAAAAGAUCUGCUGCUAAUGUCUUGGUUCCAGAUACCACCAUUGCACACCUUCAGGGGUCUAGUGGAGCCCAUGCCUCAACAGGUCAGGGCUGUUUUGGCAGCAAAAGGGGAUCUACACAAUAUUAGGCAGGUUAUCAUAAUGUUAUGGCUGAUGGGUAUAAACGCUUAGGGUGCACUUUACUGUCAUAUUAGCUAAAAUGUUUCAUGCUGUAAAUAUUCUCUGUGCUGCUGGAUCACAGUAAAAGGUCACCUGUCUUAUGAGCUUCCUCUGAGUAUUUGUGCUACCAAGGCUUGUAAUUAGCCACCUGAUCUCAUCACCCAAAAAACAUCACUUUGACACACAGACAGGGUUGAUAGAAGACUAUUGGUCAAGUAGCAAUACAUACUGACAAGUGAUGAACUGUUAUUCCCCCAGAAUUUUCUCAAAAAAAAAAUCAAGAUAAGCAGGGUUUUUUUGUUAUAUGCAAAUUAAAUCAGGAGGUCAUGUAUCCAUGCAAACAAUUUCAAGAACCCAGACAAGAAUACUGUGGAAAAUUAUUAAUUGCAGUUUUUCUGACUUAUAACUGGCAUUAAACGAUGAUUUUACUAAUGUCAAACUGUUCUGUUAGUUAUUCUCGUCCUUCCAGGAUUUUUCUGUACUAACAGUUGGAGAAAAGUUUAAUUGCAAAUAAACUUGGGUAUUUUUCUGCAGUAACAAUGUCCAGUUUAUCCCAUAUUUAAUAAGCUAUAAACAUUGUUUGCUCUGUGAUCUUCAGCUUUGCCACCUAUAAUAAAAAACUGUCCUCAUAAA